CAAAUUCCCUCUACUUCUGUUUUUUUUGGGUCUCUCAAUUUUUUACUUCUUAACAUAGUGAGCAAAAAUUGUACUUCCACUUGUGCUCAAAACAACAUUUUCUUGGUGAUAUUUUUUGUAGUUUAAUUUACUGAGUAAUACUUGGAUAGGGACACAAUUAGCCCCAUUUACAGGGGUGAUCUGUCUUUCUCUUGUCUUUACAAAACAAUUGUUUGUAUGCUAAAAGUUGCUGCCUUUGCAAUUUUUUCUAAUGCCAAUAUAGAGCUAUAGGCCAGUGGGCCUUGAGUGAACCUUAAUUUCAGUAGUGAAAGGAAAAUGACCUCAGAACCAAAGAAAGGAUGGAAAUCAAUUUCGUCUCUCCACUUGAAGAACAAAUCAGCAUCCUUGAAAAACAAAUCAGCAUCACAUUUUUGUUUGCUCCCCAAAGCAAAGUCAGAUCGAUAUGGUCCUGGUGACACACCUGUUUAUCUCAAUGUGUAUGACUUGACUCCUAUGAAUGGCUAUGUAUAUUGGGCUGGCCUUGGUAUCUUUCAUUCUGGUGUGGAAGUUCACGGUGUAGAAUAUGCAUUUGGAGCUCAUGACUAUCCAAGCAGUGGCGUAUUUGAAGUUGAACCGCGGCAAUGCCCAGGGUUCAAGUUUAGGAAAUCGAUCUUCAUUGGGGCUACAAAGUUGGAUCCGUGUCAGGUUAGAGAGUUUAUCGAACGUCAAGCUUCUAGCUAUAAUGGUGACACGUAUCACUUGAUUGUGAAGAACUGCAACCAUUUCUGCAACGAUCUAUGCUACAAGCUGACUGGCAAAAAGAUUCCAAAGUGGGUAAACCGACUUGCAAAAUUAGGUUCAUCAUUCAACUUCAUGCUACCCGAGUCACUGAAAGUUGCUGCCGUGGAACAUGACCCUAGUGGCCCGGAAUAUGAUAGCGAGAAAAGAAGGCUGAGAAGUGCUUUCAACUGUCUUUCUUCAAUCUCAACAAGACAAAGGCAGUUAUCGACAUCUUCGUUAUUUCUACAAUCGCCUUUGAAAGGAUGCUUACCAUCUUGGGAGUUAAGAAAGUCUAGCAACAGGUCUCUGAAGGAAAGGUAAGAUAAUGGACACUUCCAAUCCCAUUUUCUUGGAAUCUGUUUAACAGAAAUGUUAUGAAGGUCAUUUCCAUGCAUUCUUCUUGGGAAAAAUGAAAAACCAAUCAGAGUGACAUGCUUUAGGAGGGGGUAGUUUUUGUAACAUGGCGUUUCAGUGUAUGGUAUGUAAUAUGGUUUUUCCUUAUUUGAUUGCUUCAUUUUGAGCAAGUUUGUCCUACGUAGAAGUUGAAGCAGAGUUGUUGGAUCAAGAUUCAAGAUGAAUAGAGAUGCUUCUGGGACUAGUUUCUGAUAAUAUGAAUUCAAGUUGGUUUAAUUUGUAUAUAAUGAAGAAGUUAGUGGAA